CGCGAAAGAUAUCUUGCGUUACUUCUUCCGUCAAACAAAGAACAAGUUAUUUGGUUGGCUCCUUUUCACUUUUAGUUUGUUGUUGCAAAUACUUUUGUUGAUUAAUUGUCUGCUCAGCCAUUUGUAUAACUGCAUUACCAUAAUUACGGGUGUUAAUUGGGUCUUAAAAUGACUACAAACGGCAUGAUAAAAAAUCUCGAGCUAACCAUUCAUCAAAUGUUGGACAAGCUCACCCACUCCAAUUUCGACGAGGUUUUGCCAGACUUUAAAAGCAUUCAAGUAGACGACAUCGAUCACUUGGCGAGUCGCGUCUUUGACAUUAUGCUGAGUACAGUGGACCGAAACCCUUCGAGGGCCAGCGUAUUUGCACGAUUAAUAUCCAAAUGGUAUCGUCCUGAAUUCAAAAUGAGAAAGGAACUACUGACCCGGUGUGAGGCAGAAUUCGAAUUAUGCGUCGAAAAUAUGUACAAGGUCAACGUAUCGGAAGAUAACUUGGAAUCAAUAGAUGAUGAAUCAAAAUGGGACAGAUUCAAGGCAAAUGUUCGAUUACUUGGGGAAUUGUACAACAGCUGCGGAAUAAGACAGAAGAAAAUUAUGGAGUAUGUCAACAUACUGCUAGAGGGGGACGGCGAUUUGAGCGUGACAAUCUUGUACAUCUUGAUAAAAACGAUUGGGCGCAAGUUGGAUAAGACGGUCAAAGAGUGUACUGAAGAAACUAAACUGGCGAAGAAAAGUUUUUCAAAACUUGAGAAAAUUAUGAAAUUCGUACAAGGUGUUGGAAAUCUGUUUGCAGACCUGAGAACUCGAAGUAGCAGUGGAUCUUUGUCUCCAAAUUCAAUAAGUGCUCUCGAGGAAAUUUUGCAACUUCGGAACAACAAUUGGAAAACCGCACAAGUUCCGAGCACUUCAAGAUUAGGAAAUAAAGUAAAUUUGAAGGUGGUGAAUGAUCGGGAUGUUGAGUCAACCAUUCGUGAAAUGUUAGGCAGACUCAGCCACUCCAAUUUCGACGAGGUUGUAGAAGAGUUUUCAAGCACAAACUAUUUAGAUGGCGGCGAGGUUAACCUGAUAAUUCUCUUGGUUGACAUUAUGAUGGAAAAAGUUGUCAAGAAACCAACGUCGGCCGGAAUUUUUGCAAAAUUGGUUUCCAGAACUGAUCGCUUAUCCAAAUUGAGAAAAGUAAUCUUAAACCGAUGCCAGAUCGAAUUUCAAUCAAUUAUCGCCAAUGUGGAUAAGAUCAAACAAUCCGAAGAUAACUUAUCAGAUAACGUUGCAAAUCCAGAAUUGGCAAGAGUGAAGUCAAAAUUUAUCGAAGCAUUAAGCGGAGGUCACAUUUCACUAAUUGGCGAGUUGUACAACUAUGACGUACUUGGCCAAAACACAAUUAUGGGAUGUGUCAACGUGCUCUUAAAGAGACGCAAUGAUAUCAGCGUGAUCUUUCUUUGUGCCCUGAUAACCACGGUUGGUCUCAAGUUGGAUAAGACCAUCCAUCAGUUUGAGGGGGAUGAACUAACGAGGCUAGGCUUGCCAAAAUUGAAGGAUGACAUAGAAUUCGUACGCUGGAUUGGAACCCUGUUUGAAGACUUGGAUGCUCGAAUUAAUACUGGAUUUUGGUCGGUAAAGUCAGAAAUUGCUGUCCAGCAAGUUUUGCAACUUCGAAAGAACAACUGGAAAACUGAAGGAGCUCCAACGACUUCAAAAUCGAAUGAUAACGCAAAUUUGAAUGUGGACUCGGUACCACCAUUCAAGGAAGAAAAGAUUGACAGCGAAGUUAACAAGAAUUUCGUGAGACUGAGAAAUAAUGCUCACCACACUUCAAAAUGUUCAAGCCGAAUGUCCACAUCGUCAAAUUUUGCUUCAGAAGAUCCGUUCUUCGGAAAGCAAGAUGAUUUUGGAGCUUCUUUGCCAUCAUCUUGCGAACCUUAUCUCAAGUAUUUAUCCAUGUACACAAAUUACGACAGAAUGCUUAGACAGAUGCCUCCCGAAGUCGUGGAGGAGAUAAACAUGGAAAUUUCAGCGAUUAUCUAUCAGCGAUUCAAAGAUCACAAGUAACUCGAAAGUAUUUCAAAGAGACAAAUUGACUUUGAAAAUGACACGUUUUAUAAUAAAUAGUUUAUAUAAAUACUUAUAAACUAAAUUUUAAGCCUUAAGGAUAUUUAGUAAACCACAAUCGAAAUAUAUGGAUAGAAACUUAUAAGUGGUAUGCCUUAUUCAAGUUGAACAUAUCUAAUUUUCUGUUAUAUGUAAUGAUUUAGAUAAAUUGGUCCCAUGUGAGAUUGCAUAAAAUACUUUUACAUAAUACAUUUAUUGUAUGAUCUUCAUUGCAUAUACAUAUACCACUUUUGUAACAUAUUUAAAUAGAUCAAGUUCUUGGUAUUUUUUGAAAUGGUGUAAACCUGGUUUCUUGAUAAGAAGUAAUUUAUCAUGUAAAUGCCGCAAAUGCUAAAAAAUUCGGCAAGUUGAAAAACCUGUGCAAAAAUAACUAACGAGCAGAAUGUAAUUAAGAUUCGGAAUUUGUUUUCAAACUGGCGAAAAAUUCUGGGGUAGAAUUUCAAAAGUUUGAAAACAUUUUUGCCACGGAAUUUGUACGGCUUUUUAUAAGCGUAUUUAUUUUUAAAUAAAACAAUUUCUAGUCUAA